AACCUUUUCGGAAUAUUUUUCUGGGUGCACUUCCUCCUUUCACCGGAUGUUGCUGCAGGAACCAGAAACGCCUGUUGAGUGCAAGAGUCUAGCCCUUUGGAGAGGAUGAGUGCCGUCUUUUCAAGGAAGGUGCGACAGCAAAACACUGUUGAAAAGCUUUUCUCUCCAUUCUACUGAUAUAAAGAGAGGCUAUCAGAGGAGGCCCUGGCUUGCAGGUGCCUUAUGAAAUCUUGAACGAUGAUGGAGCGAAGAAGAGCCUUAACUAUUCCAUUUGUUGACAAGGAGAAGCUGAUGGAAAACCCCCUGAAAAUACCCGUGGCGUGCCUGUCAUCAGAGUGCGGAAAGUUAGAAGUGCAGGUCCCCUGGACUGCAUUUGCUGAUUGUAAUUUUAAUUCUUGUAAUUCAAGUCACAGAAAAGGGGCCAAGAUGUUCAAUCACACCGUUUUAAAAUGUUCGGACAUUCUGAGGAGGAAGCCACGUCUUAUCCUAACAGACGUCUUGAAGACAGAACCGGGUAAGGAUUAUAUAGAGAGGAUAAAAAUGAGUAGAAACAACAGACAGUGGUCCAGUCCUCGAAUGGAUAAUGGCCGACGCAAAGAGGAAGAUGUCCGCUGCAGAGAAACGAGGUCCAGUCAGACGGAUGACAAGAGCAAGAAUGUAACCGAUAAAGGCAAACGGAGGACCUCCACCUCUCAGAAACCAACAACUAGAAUCAGAAAACCACAAAACACUGAAGAGGAAGCCAACGAAGAAAACCAAGAUAUCAAAGAAGUGAUAAUCGGCAAAGUCAAUGAAAAGAAAGAUGAGACGUUUGCGGAGGUUGUAGACUGUGGGUUGUCACUGAGCUGGGAGCCAGUUGGGGAUUUAUCGGCCUCCGAGGAGAUUUCCGCAGAUUUCACGAUAGACAACUUGACUGGAUCAGAAGAUAUGCAGCACAGUUUGAAGCGUAAAAGGAAGGAUCCCGGCCUGCAGUGUAACGGGACGAGCAGCCCUAAACGUCAGUGUGACAUCGUGCUUUUUCAAACCGAAGAAGCAGGAAAAGACGGAGAACAGGUCCCGGUGUCUGUCGGUCAUUGGGAGGACAGCGAAGACGACGUAGAUCUAGAGAAUAUAGACCGUUGUAUUGUACAGUUCACUGUUGGGGGAGAUGAUGUCCCAGUCAUCCCUGAAGGCAUCAUUUUCAGCAACAAGCUAAGCUUAUUGGCCGCAACUGAGACCAGCACAUCUGAUCCCAUUGUGCUGUCCAGUGACGACGAAGAGAACAAUGACGAUUCUAAAUGUCGCAGCAAAUUGGUUGGAGAAAUGGCCUCUGAGGUCGACGCAGUCGUGUAUAGAAACUCCUCGAAGGAAGCUGCGUCCCAGCAGGAGAAAGCUUUAGACGCAGAGGACAUGCAGGUUUUGCAGCUGCUGAUUGAAGAGAAUCCACCUUCAGCACCAGGUUCUCCUGCCUGUGAGGUGGACUACUCCUCUUUGAGCGUGCCUUUUGUGUCCUUAUACUGCGGCUGUUACAAAGUAAAAUCAGCUGGAGGCCUCAUGAUUUCAAAACAUAAGGUUAUCAUGCCACUUAAAGGCACAGGUGAGCAGCUGAGUUUUGAGCGCAAAGAGCUGAGGAGGUACAGCGUCUGGGAUCAGCAGGAGCUGGAGGCUCGAGAAAUCCACUUUGGAGACGAGGAUCCUUCACCGCCUGGCGUCAUGCUGUUCUUUGUGUCGGAAGCUGCUGCUGCUGCUAUACACCAGGAACUUUAUCAAAUGUGUGUUAGUGAAGAUGGACCCAUAUACUCUGGAAAAGCCAGCCCCUUCAUCCUGCUGACUCUCAAAGAUCCUUUGGAGGGAAUGGAAGGAGCUUUGCUUCGCUCCGUGUUGGACAUCGACUGCAUCAACAGGAUGACGCACGAAAACAGCAUCGCAAACAACGGCGUCGGACUGAGCAGUUUAUUGGACAUUGAUGCUCCAGUGCUUUCCAUGGAUGAAAGUAUUAAGCUAAUGACAAGAACUGGAGUGGACUCGCAUCUGCUCUCCAUACUUGGAAUUAAGAGCUCAGACUCUGAUGUGAGCGUGGGCCUGGACAGUUCUCACUACGAGGACGAAAUCCCCACCGCCCACAUCUGGGUGGACACCAACUGUGAGAAAGACGAGGAGCAGGACCUCGACAUGGCGGCAGAAGAUGGUGAGACGGAGGCCGAACCAAAGGAGGACCAGGAGGAUGAAGAACCAAAGACUCCCUCUGAUAGCAAAAAGGAGGAAGCCAGGCCUGUGUACACAGUUUGCCAUCAUAGAAAAAAUGGAUCCUACUCUGUAUCGCUCUGUAAACCUGAUUCCAAGUGGAGUAAAUAUAAGCAUCGGGGACUGACUCAAAGGUUAAUACAGUUUCCUCCACCACCGUUGAAAGGGGGAAUAACUGUGACAUUGGAAGAUCUGCAGUGCCUUGAUAGUGGGCAGUACCUCAACGAUGUCAUCAUUGAUUUUUACCUGAAAUACCUUAUCCAGAAUGCAUCUGCUGCCAUUUCUAAGCGCUCCCACAUCUUCAGCAGCUUUUUCUACAAGCAGCUGACGCGCCGGGACAACGCCAGCGAAGGAGGCAACAACGACUUACUCGGUUGUCAGAGGCAGAGGCGGCACCAGCGAGUGAAAACGUGGACCCGGCAUGUGGACAUCUUUGACAAGGACUUCCUGUUUGUGCCUGUUAAUCAAGAAGCUCACUGGUAUUUAGUUGUUGUUUGCUUUCCUGGGCUUGAAGAAACUCAGAUGGUGGACUGGGUGGGAGAGUCGCAGGGUCAAGAUGAGGCCCAACAAUGUAAAAGCUCUAAUGAUCAUUCAGAAAUCCUGGUGAGACUAGACCCCAGUGAUGGUAUGGAAACAGAGACAGAAAACGGUCAGGAUGAAGUGGCUAAAGACCCUCCGCCUCCUUGUCCAGUUACUUGCACAGAACAUACAUGUGUGAGACGGACCGUUUGCAGAAGGCCGUGUAUUCUCAUCAUGGAUUCUCUCAAACUUUCUUCCCACGAGCGGAUCUGCAAACUCUUACGGGAGUACUUGCAGUCAGAAUUUGAGGUUCGUCGUGGAUCAUCAAGGGAGUUCGGUUUAGAUCAGAUGAAAAGCUCACAUUGUCAAGUUCCACUUCAGGAUAACAGCAGUGACUGUGGCCUUUACCUCCUUCAAUAUGUUGAGUGUUUUUUAAAGGACCCUGUGGUGCAUUUUGAUUUACCUCUGCAGCUGCAAAAAUGGUUCUCCCGCCAGGUGGUUCGGAAGAAACGGGACGAAAUCCGAAACCUGAUCCUUAACAUUUACCGGCAUCAAAACAUGGACAGUAAAAACACAUGAAGUAGCUCUGCUGCUCAGCGAAUCACAUUCCUGAAGUCAUUAUAGAGCAUUGCUCAUAAUGAGCAAAAGACAUUUUAUUUCAGUGUAAACUGGAACACGUUUCUCUGAACAUGACUCUUUGAGCCCAUGUCUUUAACCAAACCAAUAAUCAUAACUCAAAUAUUUGGUAAGUAGAAAUCAAAAAUGUUUGUUCAUCCCACCAAUUAAGGCCUAAAGAUUUGCUAACU